UUUCGCGCCACCCUGCUGUCUUCGGAGCUCGACCGUCAUCCUCCUUCGGGGACCGAGGAGGAUGGUUCGAAUAACAGGGCGUCCCCCCUCCUGGAAGAGCUGAGGCGCCGCCUGGGGCGCACCCUGCGCUCGGGGCUCCUGCAGUUCUGGAAAAAGCGCUCGGUCACCAUCAGCGACUACGACCCCAGCUACCGCGUGCUCUACCUGGGCAACAUUGCCACCCCCUACGCCAAGGGCGAGGGUUGCGCCGAUAAGCCCCUGGGCACCCUCUGGCGGAACAGGGCGGGCGGGGGCGCCGCCAUGGAACUGACCGUCUGCAACUCGGGCAUGCGGGCCUCUACCCAGGGCUUCGGGACCACGGAGUACUGGGCCUACCGCGUGACGUACUGCGACGCCCCGGCGGACUACCCGGGGCUCUUCUGCUGGAUUUACAGGCACGAGCGCCCCAAGAUGAAGCAGGAGCUGCGGUGCCACGCCGCCCUCUGCCUGCGCCCCGAGCAGGCCUCCGAACUGGCCGCCGCCCUCAAGGAGAGGCUCUCCCUCGCCCUGCAGGAGUUCCGGCGGGAAAAGUGCGGUUCUGGUGUUCGGCCCAAAAACAAAUUUGAAAUUGAAGUCUUAAAAAACGAAGUCGAAGUUGAAGAGAUAUUCAGUGAUACUAGGUGGUGA